AUGAGAUAGGAGAAUUGUGAAGUGGAAUGUUGUGACAAAGGUAUUAUGAUUGAAGACAAAUGUAAGUGUGACAUAGGAUCAUUUGGAGAUGAUUGUUAUCAUAAUUUGUAAGACAUUUAUGUUGCCCCAUAUUAUACCUUUAUUGGGAUCUAUUGUGUUGCAUUCUUUUUGAUAUUAUUCAUAACUAUAAGACAAUUUUAAACUUCUUUAAAGACCUAAAGAAUCCCAAAUUAUUAUACGUAAUUUGAUGUAAUAAUAUAUUAGUUGCUAUUAAUAUGCAUAUGCACUAAUUGGAUCCCCUCAGAACUAUAUACUAGUAUUGACAAUAGUAUUAUCAAUAUGUAAAUUAAUUUGGCUGAUUCUGGAUCCUUUUGAAGUCUAUGUAACUUAAUUUAGUCAUAAAGCUUAUAGAGAGGAAAUACUAUAGUCAUAGAAAGGCUACUAGCAGAAAUAGUAUAUACGAUAUUGUUCUAUAUAUAUGGUUGCUUAUUGAUUGUGUGGUAUACAAUGUAUGAUGAGAUUUCAUAUAAUAUCUAUUAAGGAGAAGAAAAAAAGGCAAGGAAAUGGAUAUUUACAUAUUAUAAGGAGACAAUGAAAUUAAGAUUGUUUAUAGUACUGUUGGUUUAGAUAACAGUAAGUACAUUAAAUGGUAAAUUAAAUAAUAAUGUAAGGUUUUAGGAAAGGAGUACAGUAUCCUAUCUUUUUGAUGAUAUGUUACAUAUUUUUGAUGGCUAAUUUCUUUUUAUUUAUAAUAGAAUUUAUAAUAUAUGGAUCUUCAUUGUAAACUUGUAUAAAGGAUUAGAUUAUAAUAUGUAGAUAAUAGUUUAGAAUGUAAUAUUUAGGAAUGGAAUAAGCAAUUCAAUAAUAAUAGAUGUAAAAGGAUGAGAGUUUUAGUAAGUCUCCUGAAUCUGUUUAAAGAGUAGUUAAAAUGUCUAAAUAAGUGAGUAUUGAAGAAUAGAAGAAUGAGAUAUAGGAUGAGGUGAAAUAGUUGGAGGAACCUAAAAUAAAAAUAGGAUAAACUAAAAUAAAAUCUGUAUCAUUUGCAAGAACAUUUGUCAAAGGACUUAGAGGAUCAUCAUUUUUUAGAUAGGAGAGUUAGAAAUAAUUGAAAACAAAUAAAUGCAAUCAAUAAAAUUAAGAUUAAAAUAGUGAUAAAUCUGCAAAGGAUUUAGAUAAUUAAUUUCAAGAGGAUCCUGCUGAUGAAGGAAUUAAUAGUUGUUGUUUGAAUGAGAAUUAAUCUAAUUCAAUAUAAUGGGAGAAUGGAGAGGAUAGAUAAGCUUAUUAAGAUACAGUAAAAAUGUAAAUAAAAGCAGUUAAAGAAACUAAAGAAACAGCUGAAAAAAGAAAGGAAUCCUUACAAUAAUAAUUAUAAUUUUAAAGAUAUAGGGAGAGAAAUGAUUAGAAAAAAUAGAGUUAUUUAGGUAGUAGUUAAUAAGAUAACAGAACUUCAAUUUAUUAAUAAUCUGAUGAAGAUCAAGAGAAAUUUAAUUUGAAAUCUUCUAAUUUAGCAAUUGAUAGAAAAAUAUUAUUUAAAAUCUAAUUAUUAGUUUAUUUUGGUAUAUUAUUGGAAAUUCUAUUUGGAGGAUUGAGUAUAGCUGUAUUAGUCACAGAUUUAAUUAGAGAUCCUAUUGGAGUGUUAGCAUAUUUAUAUGCAUCAUCAACAUUAUAGUUCUUAUCUUUGAUAACAGUAUUGAAAUUAUUUAGAGAUAUAAAGAAUCAAGAAAUAAAGAAUUUAAUAUGGAUUCAGAAGGUUGGAAAUCAGAAGAAUAAAAUAAAUUAGCAAUAUGUGUUUUCAAUUCCUUAGGAUUAAAAGGAGGAUGCAUAGAAAUUGAAAUUCGAACAAAGAAUUAAUAUGAAUACUUUAUAUUGA